UUUUAACCCCCCCUUCACCUACCCACCCACCCACCCUUCUUAGCAUAUUUGAUCACUGGGAUUCUCGCUCUGUUUCCCUCUCUCUUUUCUCUCCCCCAAUCUUCUUUUUCUUACAACCCCCCCUCUCUCGUCUUUUUUUGGCUCCCCUCCCCCUUUACCUUUUUGUGUGUGUGCAACAUUCUCUCUCUCUCUUCGCUCCUCUCUUCUCCCUGCAAGAUCUGCCCCCUCCCCGCCAAGCCACCGCUCAAAAUCUUUACUUUUGCAUGCAUGCGUGAAUUCGUGCAUGCAUGCAUGCAUUCAAAAAAUAAUAAUUAAAAAAUCUGCUGCAUUUUUUCCUUCUGAUAUUUAUUAUUGUUGUUGUUAUUAUUAUUUUUUGCUCCCUCAACAACACCCACUCCGGCCUCCACCUCCUCCCCCCUCCUUGCACUCUUUUCAUCAUUCUCCCUAGCUGAGGGAGUGGGGGGGGCGUUGGGGGCUUCUAAGCUUGGGGAGAGUUCACUCUUCUCUUCUCUCCCCCCCCCAUCGCCGCCGCCGCCGCCGCCGCCGCCGCCUCCCUCUCUCCCUCUCUCCCUCUCUCCCUCCCUCCCCCUUCCCCCUCCCUCUCCCCCCUCUCUCCCCCCUCUCUCUUUCCUCUCCUCCUCCCCUUAUCGCCCCAUGUGUUGUGCGAGGAAGCAGCUUUGCUAAAGAGACCCACUUGCGAAAGAAACGGGAGCAGCAUAAGGCACCAGCGAGCGGCGGCGGCGGCAGCAGCGGGAGCAGGCGGCGGCGGUGGCGGCAGCAGCAGCAGCGAAAGAGAGAAAGAGAAAGAAAGAGAGAAAGAAAAGAGCUAGAGGAGCCGAGAAAGGCACCAGGAGGAUCCAGGCGGCGGGAAAGAAAGAAAGAAAGAAGGAAAGAACCCCGAAGGCUCUUCGUAUUUUGCGCGCGUGUGUGUGUGUCUUGUGUGCGCGCGCGCGUGCUUUUUGUUUGGUUCAGGCUUUUUCCUUUCCUCUCUCUCUCUUCCCCCCCCUCCUCCUCCUCUCCCUCUCCCUGGUUGAUGCUUCUGCAGCUUCGCCAAACUCCAAGCGGGGCAUCCGAUCCCAACACUCGCGCCGCCGCCGCCGCCGCCUGCGACGACAGCAGCAGCAGCAGGGCGACGACGAGGGGCAGCAAGGACGGGUCUCCGGAGCGCCGCGCCGAGCGUGGGGUCUCCGCUCGCUCUCCUCCUCCUCCUACGGCCGCGCGCCGGAGCUGCUGCCGGAGCUCCGGGCCGUGGGGCGGCGGCGGCGGCGGCUUCGAGCUUUCCCCCCUCGCUGGCUUUAGAUGGCUUUCCUGAAUGGCUGACUGCGGGCUUCUUUGGAUCUGGCCCCCAGACGCCGUCCUCUCCCCCGGCAACUCCGCUCGGCUCCAAGAGAGGGAGGGAGGGGGGGACCUGUGAAGAGAAUCGCCUCUCUCUCUCUCUCUCUCUCUCUCUCUCUCUCUCUCUCUCUCUCUCUCUCGCAUUUUUUUUACUUUUCUUCCUCUUUUGCUACCAGACAAUCGCCUCGAACCCAUUUUCCCAGCUCCCCUUCCUCCUCCUCCUCCCUCGCUCUUUUCCCUUUUUCCUUCUUUGUCUUUUUCCCUCCUCUUUCUUAGUCCACUUUUUAAAAAAAAAUUAGUGGCCCUCCUUAUUGACUGUUUUGGGGGGCUGCCCUACAAGGACAAAAGAGGAGAAAAGGGGGAAAUAAAAAGAACUGCAAAUUAAAUUAAAGGAAAGGACCAGAGAGGAAAAGCAGAAGGGGAAAAAAAUAAACACCCGCCACACACACCCGAAGAACUUAUAGAGAAAGAAAGAAAGAAAGAAAGAAAGAAAGAAAGAAAGAAAGAAGCUUGCCAACGGGAAUAGUGGUGGAGAGAGAGAAAAAGAGAAGGAAAAAAUAAAAUUAAAGGUGGACUAAUAUAUAUAUAUAUAGAGAGAAAUAGAUAUAUCUCUAAGUCGACUCCCAUCUGAAGAACCAGGGCCUGAGCCGUCUGAAGAAGCGGAUCUGCUGGCAACUGAAAGCUACGGGGGGCGAGCGCUUUGGCCAAGGUGUCCCUUAGAUAUGGCAAUGGUAGUUGGCGCGUGGCGAGACCCACAGGACGAUGUGGCCGGGACGCAGCCUUCGCAAGCGCCCCCAGUGCCUGGACCACCGACGGGAGCCCCCCACACCCCGCAGACGCCGGGCCAAGGGGGCCCUCCCAGCACCCCAGCCCAGACCAACCAAGGCAGCCAGUCAAACCAGGGCGACAAGCAGCAGCAGCAGCAACAACACAUCGAGUGCGUCGUCUGUGGGGACAAGUCCAGCGGCAAGCACUACGGGCAAUUCACGUGUGAAGGCUGCAAGAGUUUCUUUAAGCGGAGCGUCCGCAGGAACCUCAGCUACACGUGCCGCGCCAACCGGAACUGUCCCAUUGACCAGCAUCACCGCAAUCAGUGCCAAUAUUGUCGCCUCAAAAAAUGCCUCAAGGUUGGCAUGAGACGGGAAGUUUCUUCCUUAUUUACUGCAGCCGUCCAGAGGGGCAGAAUGCCACCCACACAGCCGACCCACGGCCAGUUCGCCUUAACCAACGGGGACCCCCUGAAUUGCCAUUCGUACCUCUCCGGAUAUAUCUCCCUGUUGCUGAGGGCAGAGCCUUACCCGACUUCCCGCUUCGGCAGUCAGUGCAUGCAACCCAACAACAUUAUGGGCAUCGAGAACAUUUGCGAGUUGGCAGCUCGGAUGCUUUUCAGCGCCGUGGAGUGGGCCCGGAAUAUCCCUUUUUUCCCCGACCUCCAAAUCACAGACCAGGUGGCCCUACUGAGGUUAACCUGGAGUGAGUUGUUUGUCCUGAACGCCGCCCAGUGCUCCAUGCCCCUCCACGUCGCUCCUCUCCUGGCUGCCGCCGGCCUCCACGCCUCGCCCAUGUCAGCCGACCGAGUUGUAGCCUUUAUGGACCACAUACGAAUCUUCCAAGAACAGGUCGAGAAACUUAAGGCCUUACACGUGGAUUCGGCGGAAUAUAGCUGCUUGAAGGCCAUCGUCCUUUUCACCUCAGAUGCGUGUGGUCUGUCCGACGUAGCCCACGUUGAAAGUUUACAAGAGAAGUCCCAGUGUGCGUUGGAAGAGUACGUGAGGAGUCAGUAUCCAAACCAACCCACGCGAUUUGGAAAACUGUUGUUACGCCUUCCGUCUCUCCGCACCGUCUCUUCCUCAGUCAUAGAGCAAUUGUUUUUCGUCCGUUUGGUAGGUAAAACCCCCAUAGAAACCCUUAUCAGGGAUAUGUUACUGUCUGGAAGCAGUUUUAACUGGCCCUACAUGGCCAUUCAAUAAAGAAAAAAAAUGUUGGAGAGAGGAGAAAAAAGCAAAUCCGCAGAUGAGAGAAUUUGGGGAAAAAAUGGAAAAUUUGGAACAGAGGAUUUGCGAGUGACAUUGGGGUCUGGCGAUUGGUUAAACGUCCUUCAGCUAAGCAAGGGUGUUACAUCUUGGCUAAAAAAAAGAAGAUGAUAAUUUGAAUGGACUAUGGAUAAUAAUUAUUAAAAAAGACUUGUGAAAUGAACUUUUUACAGACUGCAUUAAGAAUUCCCCUGUUGUUCAGCAGUUGCUACUCUCUCUUUCUCUCUCUUUGGUUGUUUUUAAAAGGGGGGGAUGAAUUGUUUUCUUUUUUUCUUGUUUUCGGGGGUGUGUGUGUUAAACUUAUAACACAAUCUCUCGCUAAAAGUGCAUUUAAAGGAAAUCUGGAGGAAAUUAACAGAAUUGAAGCAAGUCUCUCUUUCACUCCCUCUCUUUUCCAAAUUAUUAUUUUUUCCCAUGAUGUCUGUAUACCUAUAGGGUUUUGUUUUCUUUUUGUUUUUUCUGGUUCCAAACCAGUUAUUUUUCCCUGUGGUUCUAUAAUUUUGAUAUAAUUUUGGCUUCAUUUUUUUUUAAAAAAAACCUGUGUAUCCUUUAAAUAUAUAUAUAUGUUCUGAAAGAAUUAAAACUGUCUUGGAAAGGUUUAUGAGAAGAACAUAAAAGGAGAGAGAGAAAAAUUCCCCACAAUACUAGGAAAGAUGGAAGCGCACUUAAAACCGGUCAGCCAAAAUUUAGCUCCAAGCUACAACAGCUAUAAUUAUCUAGACCCAAUGAAAGAGAACCACAUCCCCCCUCCAGCUCACCUGCCCUUGACUAGGUUUUAUAUAUAUAUAUAUUUUAAAGACAAAACGUGAAUUUUGGAAGGGAAUGCAUAUUUCUUGGAGGGAGAAGGAAUUGUGUCUAAGACACAAUACAGUUUUGAUGAAAAUACACACACACACACACACACACACACACACACACACACACA